UUUGCAUUUGAUUGGUUAUUUUGAUUGUCAAUUUUUUUUCUUUUUUGUCACAUUCCCCCUCCCCCAUGUGGUCAUGUUCCCCUCUGAUACUUUUUUUGACUGUCAAUCCUUUUUCUUUUUUUUUUGUCAUGUUCCCCCUCCUCCCUCGUCUACUUAAGGCAACGACCCUCUCUCUUUCUUAAGUAACUUCCUUAUCUCUUUCUCAGGCAACUUCUCUCUCCCUUUCUCGGUUAUUCUCUCCUUCACUUUCUGUCCUUUUUUUCUUCUCAUGUCGUUUUUUUUUUUGAAAUUUUUAUAAAAUAGAUUUUAUUUGAGUUGUUUGUAUCUUAGUAAUUAUAGAUCAUAAUGCCACCUAAAAGAACAGAAGAUUAUGGUUGGCAACAUGGACAAAUGGUUGAUGGAAAUAGAUUUCAUUGGAAGUGCAAUUACUGUAAUAUGGUCGAAAUGGGCGGAGGUGUCACUCGCCUAAAGAAACAUAUCGCUGGAGGUUUUUCUUAAGUAUCGAAAUGCCCUAAAGUCCCUCAGGAAAUAAUACAUGCAAUGAAAAUUGAAUUAGAAUCUUCAAAAAUAGCAAAAAAGAAAGUAAGGGACGAUCGAGAUGAACUAGAUAAACGAGCGGGUGAAUAUCCCCCUACUGACCCAUAUGAAGGUUUAGGUGAUGAAUUAGAUCCUGAUAUUAGAGCUGCGAUGGAAGUAUCUGCACAAGAAAGAUGGCAGCAAAAUGAAGUCCAACGACAUAGAGCACAAUUUGGACGCUCUCAGUUUGAUGCUGGUGGUGGGUCUGGGUCUGGCUCUGCACCAUCUGGUUUAGCUCGAAGUGGUUCUGUUAGCCGCAUGUUCGAUAGAUUUAAAAAAUGACCAAAAGAAAAAAGUGGAAGACAUCCAAAUAUUAUAGAUAUAGACCCAAUGGCAUUUCCUGACCCAGAUGCUCAACAGCAACGCAUAGAUAGUAUGCUAAAAAAAGAUAAAAAAGGCAAAAUUGGUCGAGCAAUAGCAAAAUUUUUUCACUUCAGUCAUAUUCCUUCCAAUGCAGCAAGUACUCCAUAUUAUAGAUCAAUGAUCGCUACCAUACAAAAGGAGGGUCCAGGAGUUGAACCCCCAACGCCGUAUGAGAUUUCUGGCAAAUAUCUUGACACGGAGGUCAAUGAUAUUCAUGCAUGGGUAAAAACCUUCAAACAACAAUGGGAGAUGUAUGGUGUUACCUUGAUGUGUGAUAGUUAGACAGGACCGACAAAAAUGAGCAUUAUAAAUUUUUUAAUCUAUUGUAAUGGCAGGGUGGUUUUCCACAAAUCAAUCGAUACGACCGGUCGAUUUGAAGAUGCUGAUUAUAUAUAUGCAUUACUGGAACAAGUUUUAGGUGAGAUUGGUGAGAAAUGUGUGGUACAAGUUGUAUCAGACAAUGGUGCAAACUUCAAAAAAGCUGGCAAACUAUUAAUGCAAAGGCAUCCGUAUUUAUUUUGGACUCCUUGUGCAGCACAUUGCAUCAAUCUAAUGAUGUCUGACUUCGGUGACAUAAAUCGAGUUAAAAAAACUGUAGAUACUGCACAACGUGUAUCUAAGUAUUUGUAUAAUCAUCUUUGGGUUCAUGCUUUAAUGGUGAAAUUCACAGGACGAGAACUAGUACGUUCUGGUAUCACACGAUUUGCCACAAAUUUUAUUGCUCUAAACAGUAUCCUUCAAAAUAAAAAUGGAUUAAAGUCCAUGUUUGCAUCAGAUGAUUGGCAAACAUCUCGUUAUGCCUCCACGGCUGAUGGAAAAUCGAUUGAGCAAAUAAUUCUGUCUGCCAAGUUUUGGGAUUAUGUGAAAGAGAUUGUUGAUAUUGUGGAGCCUUUAUAUGUGGUUCUCCGUUUAGUGGAUCAGGAAAAAAUACCUCAAAUGGGACAUGUCUAUUAUAAACUGAGAAUGGCUAAAGAUAAUAUUAAAAAAAUUAAUUCGCCACGGUGUCAAUCUUUUUUAAAAGUUAUUGACAGACGUUGGGACGUUCAGAUGAGCCGGGAUCUACACCUAGCAGGUUAUUAUCUUAAUCCGUCGUACCAUCAUCGUUAUAAUCUUGGAUUUGAUGAUGAACUGUUGAAGGCAUUACGAAACGUUAUCAAUAGAUUGGAGAGGGAUCCAACACAUGCUGCUCUUGCCAUAAGUGAGGGAAAAAUAUUUCGUGAAUCCGCUGGAACUUUUGGUGAAGCGGGUGCAAUUAACGGAAGACACAAUACCGAUCCCACUGAGCGAUGGCUACAAUAUGGUGGAUCAGCAAAGUAUUUAAAAAAGAUUGUUGUGUGUGUCUUAUCUCAAACGACAACGUCUAGUGGAUGUGAACGCAACUAGAGCACGUUCGCACUAAUACAUACCAAAGUGCGUAAUCGAUUAGCGUACGCUCGAUUAGAGAAGCUAGUUUAUGUCCACUAUAAUAUAAGGCUCCGUUUAAAAUGCAUUGAAAAGGAGUAUGAUAAGGAAAAGAAAUUAAAACUUAUGAUCCCUUGGAUGCAAGUUUUAUCAAUGAUGAAUCAAACCCCAUACUUGAUUG